UACUUUCCAUUGUUAAUGGAAGAACCAUUUUCAAAUCAGAAUUCUUGUUUACUUUCCAAUUUACAGGUCUUGUCGUACACGGAAGGUCUCCACGGACGAUGGCACUUCAACGACAUCCGAGCUGUCUUCUCCAGACGUUACCUCUUGCAGAAUACGGCGGUGGAGAUAUUCCUAGCAAACAGAACGUCGGUGAUGUUCAAUCUACCCAACAAGGCGACGGUCAAGAAAGUCGUCCAUGCUCUACCUAGAGUCGGCGUGGGUCUCAAGUAUGGCAUUCCACCCUCCAGACGCGUAUCCCUGGCAACCCCUCGGCAGCUCUUCAAGGCCUCCAACAUGACCCAGGCCUGGCAGAGAAGAGAGAUCACCAACUUUGAGUACCUGAUGUACCUCAACACGAUAGCUGGUCGUAGCUACAAUGAUCUGAACCAGUACCCCAUCUUCCCCUGGGUCAUUACCAACUAUGACGCUGAGGAGCUGGACCUGACACUGCCCAGCAACUACAGAGAUCUUUCAAAGCCCGUCGGUGCAUUGAACCCAAGCCGACGAGCCUUCUUUCAGGACCGAUAUGAGAACUGGGAGGACGACAAGGUUCCUCCGUUCCAUUACGGCACUCACUACUCCACCAUGGCCUUCACACUCAACUGGCUCAUGAGAAUGGAGCCCUACACCACCUAUUUCUUGAAUCUUCAAGAAGGGAAGUUUGACCACGCCUCGAGGAGCUUUGCCGCUGUCUCCAUCUCCUGGAAGAACAGUCAGAGAGACACCUCGGAUGUCAAGGAGUUGAUUCCAGAGUUCUUCUACCUGCCUGAGAUGUUCAUGAACAGCAACGACUACACCCUUGGCAACAUGCCCGAUGAUGGGGUGGAAGUAAGCGACGUCGUUCUCCCCAAGUGGGCCAAGACGGCUGAAGACUUUGUCAGGAUAAACAGACUUGCUUUGGAGUCCGAGUUUGUCUCCUGCCAGAUCCACCAGUGGAUCGAUCUGAUCUUUGGCUACAAGCAGCGGGGGCCGGAGGCAGUACGAGCCACCAAUGUCUUCUACUACCUGACCUAUGAGGGCAGUAUCAACUUGGAAACCAUUGAGGAUCCCGUCAUGAGAGAGGCAAUCGAGAACCAGAUUCGUAGCUUCGGCCAGACACCCGCCCAGCUCUUAACGGAGCCCCACCCCCCACGUAGCUCAGCUAUGCAUUUAAGUCCCAUGAUGUACUCGGACCAACUCUCCCAAGACGUCUUGAUGAUCAUCAAGUUCCUGUCCAACUCCCCCGUCAUUCAUGUCUCCGCCCACACCCAUCCCAACGUGCCCGUGCCUGCCGUCAUCACGGCAGCAGCCAAUCAGACGUUUGCUAUGAAUAAAUGGAACAACCAGGUAGCGACAGCAGGUAGGAAUGCAGGGCAACCAGGUUCCCCUGGCUACUCCUUCGAGGCUGGCAAGAAUCUUCUCAUUGAGCUGGAUCCGCUCAUCUUGUCAACAACAGGCAUGCACAGGCGACAGAUCGUAGACACCAUGGAUUCCAAUGUCAAGAGCAAGUCAGCGUGCUACGUAGUCACGGCCGAUAACCGCUACCUGAUGGCGUGCGGCUUCUGGGAUAAAAGCUUCCGAGUCUUUCUAACUGAUACAUGCAAAGUGACCCAGGUUGUGUACGGUCACUGGGACAUGGUGACAUGCCUAGUGAGAUCUGAGUGUCCCGUGGGUGGGGAUUGUUACAUCGUGUCUGGGUCUAGAGACGCCACGCUACUGGUCUGGCAUUGGAGUGCCAAGGUGCAAUGGGUGCUAGGAGAGAACCAUGUCUUAGGUGAGAUGGCGACCCCACGAGCCAUCUUGACAGGUCAUGACACAGAGGUCGUCUGCGCUGCAGUGUGCACUGAGCUGGGGCUGGUGGUCAGUGGCUCAUUAGGGGGCGCUUGCCUGAUCCACACCGUCGCCGGUGACCUACUACGCUCCCUGGAUCCCCCACGGCCCAGUAUGUCACCCCGUCUGAUGUCCAUCGCGUCGGAGGAAGGGGUCAUCCUGGUCAACUUUGACAAAGGUCACGUGUGCUCCUUCACCAUCAACGGCAAAUUCCUGAAGAGCACGGAAGUAACUGGUACAGUCAAUGCAAUUCGUUUCAAGCACGAGGGUGAUUAUUUCCUGACAGCGGGUGAUAAUCGUCAGGUCCAAGUCUGGCGGACCUUUGACCACAAUCUGAUGUACUCAUUCCCUCUAUGUGAUGCCUCUAUCCUAGCACUAGACAUGGCUCAUGAACAAAGGACAAUCAUUGCAGGCAUGGCAACGGGCAGCAUCGUUGCAUUCAACGUCAACUUCAGCAAGUGGCAUCAUGAGUUCAGGGAUACCUACUAGACGAUGGAUGGCCGUGCCAUGGGCAACCGUCACAGCGCCCUCUAGAGGACAGUCUCUGAGCUUCCACCACGAGGGGGUCAGCGAGCCACUAUGCAAAAAAAAAACCUUUAAAAAUACAGUUUUUGGAAAUCUUCAGUGGUACACGUGAAAGCAUAGGGUCAGUUAUUAAAAAGACGGUCAUUUUACAAUUUCCGGCAUUGUAAAAGUGUUUUAAGGGGCAAAAGGUUAGCUUAAAGGGAUUACAGUCAGAGAAACGUUACUCGUUCAAAAAGUUGAACAAAGAAAUUGACUGGAGCAGGGUUUGAACCUGCGACCUCCGGAUUGCCGUUCCGUUGCUCUACCAACUGGGCUAUCCAGCCCUAUGCUUUGUCAAUAUCUUUGUUCAAGGGCCGCUUUGUUUCAAAUUUGAUAACAAGAAAAAUGGAUGUUGUAAUGUUGAGUAACAUGUAUAAGAAACUGAUUCAGUGUGAAGAGAUACGUGUAUAUUGCUGGUGUGAACAUGAAAUGUGAAAAUUAUGUAAUAAAAGAAAAGAUUGUCGUAAGAAAGUAUUGACUUACAUUUUCAAGCAGGGAACAUUUUUUUUAAGUAGGAGGGGUUGUGCAGCAAUUUAGCCGAGAUUUAAUUCUCAAUUUGGGUAUUUUGGCUGGGUAACUAUAAAAUAAGCAAGUAAAGUGGUCUAAAUCUGCUUAGUCUGGGUUGUAAGCAGUUAUCAGCUGUACUUCCUGGAGCUGGUAAGUGGAAAUUAUUGGGUAAGUAAAAAUUGAAACUGCUUAACACGAUUCAGCUGAAAACCAGUUGAAGCCCUAGCUGAAAAUUCCAGUUUGAACCAGUUCAACUGGAAACUGGUGUCUGCUUUUGAACUAGUUUAACUGCUUAGAAACCAGUUAUAUCAGUCUAAAACCAGUUCUAAACCAGUCACCAGUUGAAGCCAUAGCUGAAAAUUCCAGUUUGAACCAGUUCAACUUGAAACUGGUAUCUGCUUUUGAACUAGUUUAACUGCUUAAAAACCAGUUAACACCAGUCUAAAACCAUUUCAAAACCAGUCGCCAAUUUAUAGUCCAGCUGGUACCAGUUGAAACCAGUGGAACUGGCUUCAGCUGGAAUUUUAACCUGGGGCAGCAUAUAGCAAGUUCACAUGAGGAUCAUUAAUCAACUAGCGGUUGAUUUGUGACCCAACUUGCGCGUUCGCUGUAAUAGCAACUGGCUCCCCGUUGUGCUUUAUGAUGCACGUAGCUUUUGGUAACCGGUUCCAGAUAGUGGAAUUUAGUAGUCCAAUCAUCCUUCGUUCGAGCCAAAUUAGUUGAACUAUGGUUAACUAUAAUUCGCGCCCGAACUUGCUGAUACGUAUCUGGGCAUUUUCAGUUGAUAACCAGAUUUUACCAUUGAAAGUUCUUUAGGAUGGUAACAAAUGUGUGUACUUACCACAUCCAAGAAAUACAUCUUUGGCUUUGACUGUUGGGUUUGUCAUUCCGACAUGUGUGACUGUACAAAAAUGUGUUAAGCACAAACAAAAUAUUGUCAAGAUUUUCCUUUCUUGUAUACAUAUAAUUAAUGUAUGUACCACUGCGUGUGUUCUAGAGAUAGACCUCAAAGAUAUUAUGGAAAUCGGUAGAGAUUAUGCAAAAUGAAGGGUGAGAUAUUAUCGUGCAAAUAUAAUAAAUUUGGAGGAAAUAUAGACAAAUUUGACAGUGGUUGAAGGUGAUUUUGUACAUAGCACAAUCAAAUCCUGAUUAUGCACAUGUUAAUUGGCAGUAUAUGGUGAAGUUUGUUGAGAGAAAAUGCUGAUUUUUUUUCAGUAAAAUGAAAACCAAACUUAACAUGUUUACCAGUGAUUCUGAACGUAGAUGGUUUUUAUACAAUUUCCAAAAAGAAAAACAAUACAAUACACAUUCCGUUCCGGUUGAGCAAAUUUUGUUUAAAUGUUGAAUUUUUGGUUGUCCAAAUAAUGUCCAAAACACACCCAAAAUACCGAGAGUUAGAACUGUAUUUUAUGGAAAUACUAAAUGCACUCUAAAUGCACAUACGUGUAAUUCAGCAUCUACACUUGUUUCAGUUAUUUUAUUGUUCAAGUUGUAAAGUUUAAAAAUAAAAGGAAUAAAAAUGCAAAAAUUGUUAUAAAAAUAUUAAAAAUAACACAGAUAUUGUCAAUGUAGAUCUGGUCACUUCUAUACACAUGGAAAACCAUGAUAGCGUAACAGCGUAAUUUUCUCGGGUAAAACUGAGCUCGGUAGCUUUUAGAAAGUAGCAAGUAGCUUUUGAUAAGUAGUCCACCCGUGAAGGUAAGAUUUGUUACUAAAGUGAAGUUUGCUAAAUGAUCUGACAAUAGAUCCUUAAUUGAAACAUUAGAACAUUCCAGUUUUUACAGAGAGACACUGAUAGAGAUCUGCCAAACUUAGAAAAUUUGCUGUAAUUGCAAAACAAAAAGUGUCACUUUCUUUUUGGCUUUCUUAUUUGGCCCAAAUUCCACUUUUUUAUAUUUCAAAGAAUAUGUCAUAAUUUACACAGCACUGAACUAUUUUGUCUUGCAGCGCCUAUGCAGUUCCUGAGAAAAAUUUCGAAUUUUUUUUCCGACAAGUUUGUACAGAAUAUCUUUAUUUUGAGCACUUGCAUGGGAUUUAUAUAGAGACAAAUUAUGUAACGACGCAUAUCACGUAUUAAACAAUCAAUAUGGUAACAUGCUUGGAUGUAUAGUGUAUACAGUGUAAAGUAACAACUUGCCAAAAAAAUCCUGGAAAAUUGACAAUACCAAUAGAAUUUGUGGUGUUGAGAGAAUUCAAGUGAGUUAGAACAGUUAAAGUAUUGGAAUUCAGUUGCUACUUAGAUGUUGAAAUAGCUUUUUGUUGCCUUUAGUUCAAUAGUUUUGUUUUUUGAUUUGGUGAAAAUUCUUUUGAUUUUGCAGGGUAUAUUGAGUAAAAUUAAGGAUGUUUUAAAUUAGCAAUCUUAAAGUGAAUUAUUUAUAUGCACCUCGUUCAUUGAUUAUGUCCAAUUAGUCUCUGUUUGUCUGACAUCCGUCUCUGAAAUUGUCACCUAAUUUCGAGUCAUUAAUUACUUUGCAGAAGACAUAUUGGUCUAGCACCCAAAGUCAUAACACAGGUAGUUAUCAGGUGAGUUGCCAACUACCUGGCACCAGCCUGACAAUGCAGUUUCACAUUGCUCAUAAUAUGUGUUUAAAAACUUCACAUCUGCAGUGCUGUUUAUUUAGUGACGAUCUGAUUUAUCCUCUCGCAACAUUGUUUUCUUUUUAACUUCUGCUUUAAUUAUCCUCCGCAAAUUUAUAAAUGGGCUUAUAAUUUGUAUAUUUUGGUUUAAGUAUAAUGUUUCUAUUGCUCUUAUUCAUUUAUUACCACACUAUAGUGGAUCAGAAUAAGUUAUUAAUUAUAUGAGAAGCUCCCUAAAUUACAGGAAGACAGUUGUCAGCAAUUGAUACAACAAACCUGCAAUGCUCUUGCACAUUUUUUUUUGUGGGGGGGGAUACGUUUUUGUGAUGAAUGGUGAUUUUUACUAAAUAGCUAAAUGAGAAUUAAGAUUUGUCUCACUCAAACAACACAAGGUAAGAACAAUCUAGUUAUUGGCUCAAAGAACAUAAUACUCUUGAGUAAUUUCGGGUUUUUAUUUCGACCAAAAACAUUUUGAAGAAGAUUCCAGCAUUAAUUCACCAAGUUCUGAGAACCAUGCCAUGCAUUCAGAACGUUUUAAAGAGUAUGAUAUUUUAUCACUGACUCAAAUAGAUAAAAGGGCGGAUAAUUUGAAAAUUGAUCGCUGUUAUUGAAAUUGAUAAAAUGACAUAUUACCCAAUAAUUUGUGGGUCAGUUUCAUUCUGGAAGAACUGAUCAGGUUUGCAUUGAAGGAUUUUUGUUAGGCUUAAAGCUGCCUUAAUUGGUUUCCUUUGAAAGGUAUGUGUCAUAUUUUGGCAAUAUUUGUAUAAAUAGUUUCUACAAGCCCACAACACUGCAUUUUUUUCCCAACUUAAAUGUUAAUGACAUAUUUCACCAAUUUAUAUGAGAUAUGGAGAGACAUAGUGCAGUGUUUCUUGAGUAUUAGUAAGUAGUGGUAAAUUUUGUUAUUUUGGAGACCGAAAA